GGUAACGGCGUGCAACAGCUGAAUCCGAAGACUUCCGUAACUCCAUGCUGCGUUUGUUGACGAGGUCCAGACACCAGUGGUUUCCAUUGGCCUCCUGCACUUCUCGGAGCAUGAAGACUCGACCACGACUGGACUACCGCAACAAGCUCAUCCUGGCGCCAAUGGUGCGUGUGGGCACGUUGCCCAUGCGACUCCUUGCGCUGGAGAUGGGUGCGGAUAUUGUUUACACGGAGGAGCUGGUAGACCUGAAACUCAUCAAGAGCAUCCGGAGGCACAAUCCGGCUCUGGGCACCGUGGACUUUGUGGACCCAUCUGAUGGAACUAUUGUUUUUCGCACCUGCGCCCAAGAGACUUCACGCCUUGUCCUCCAGAUGGGCACCAGCGACGCCGAACGGGCCCUGGCCGUGGGCAAGCUGCUGCAACGAGACAUUUCCGGUCUGGACAUCAAUAUGGGCUGCCCCAAGGAGUUCUCCAUCAAAGGCGGCAUGGGUGCGGCUCUGCUCUCCGAGCCGGACAAGGCGGCGGUCAUCCUGCGCACGCUCUGCUCUAACUUGGACAUACCCGUAACCUGUAAGAUUCGUAUACUGCCGGAUGUGGACGACACCAUUCGCUUGGUGCAAAAACUAGCCGAUACAGGAAUCGCAGCCAUUGGCAUCCAUGCCCGAACCCGGGACGAAAGACCGCAGCAUAAGCCGCACCCAGACGUCCUGCGAGCCGUGGCCCAAGCCGUGUCCAUUCCAAUUAUAGCCAAUGGCGGAUCACGCGACAUGCACGUGUACGAGGAUCUGCGCAAGUUCCAGGAGGAUUGUGGAGCUGAUAGCGUUAUGGUGGCCCGGGCUGCGCAGCUAAAUGUGAGCAUCUUCCGGCCCGAGGGCCUGCUGCCCAUGGACGAGCUGAUCGAGAAAUAUCUGCGCCUAUGUGUGGAUUACGAUAAUGCCCCGCACAAUGCCAAGUACUGUGUCCAAAGCAUUCUGCGCGAGCUGCAGGAGACGCCGCGUGGAAAACGCUUUCUCCAGUGCCAGACUCUACAGCAAAUCUGCGAGAUUUGGCACCUGGGUGACUACUGUCGGCGCAAGCAGAGGGAGCUGCAGACACUAGGCAACUCCGGUCGAGCCGAUGUAGAGCCGCCGGAGGCUCAGGCCAAGCGUUUGAAGCUCGAAGAGGCGGCAAAUGCCAUCGUAGACGAGUAUGCUGGCGUUAUUUGCCGCAAUAUGCCUUUCCUACGCUCAACCUAUGCCAGCGACAACCACCUGCCCAAGACGCAGUUAUAUGUCCAUGCUGGCAAGGCAGGCAAAAACCCACCAGGCUAUGAAACGCAGCAGUGCGACAAGCUUUUCAGAGCCAUCUGCAGCUACGAUGGCCAGCGCUUCAGCAGCACCUUCUGGGAAAAGAAUAAGAAGCAGGCGGAGCAGGGCGCCGCUCUUGUGGCGCUGCUGCAUCUCGGCCAGCUGGAGGAGGAAACGUUACGCGACAAUGGUAGCCUCAUAAACUGACUAGCGCCCACCAGGCGCGGAUGUACAUACUCCCCCUAGACACUGUGUUUGUUAUUCGUGUUUUCCAAUAAAAAGAAAAGGAAUCCCCUUGAAAUCCAUUAAGUUCUCA